CGCUGCUGCACUGCUGCAGUCUUGCGCUUACUCAUCGCUCCUCACUGGCUCGCGGCGGCCCGCCCGGCGACAGACAUGCCCCAGCUAUCGUCGACGCGGCCACACGAUGCAGCUCUGAGCAACCACCGAACCACCGAACCUCCGCCCGCGACGCCCUGAGCAGCCACCGCGGCCACCGCGACCACCGCACCACCGCACCGCUGCACCACCGCACCACCGCCUGACCGCGCCGCCUGUGGAGCCCGACCCCCGCGGAGUUGAUGAAGGCUCACGCCGGCCUGCGAGUGCACCCCGAACGCGAACACCACCGGAGAGUUCCAUAGAGGGCCGCAGACCGUCUAAUGGACUUUCCCGCACUCUGCACCACCAAUGCGCACCUCAUCGUACGUGGCGCGUCCCUGGGGCCAGACCUCCACCCUCACCCCCCCUCGCUGACCGACCCGCAGGGAGACUUUGAAGCCGUCGCAUACCAGGCCUUCUCCGUCGCCCGCGACCCGGCCCAGCCCGCCCCGUCGCUGCGCCAUGGGAGCCCGUCCGAGGACACGCGCGCCGUCGAGGCCGAGCUGCGCCGGCGCCGCCUCUUCAUAGUACGCGAUGCGACGCGGCCGUGGCUGUGGCUGUUCGCGCCGACCGCGACCACGACCACGACCACGGACGCGGACGCGCGCGCUGGCCCGGCCGACCUGCCCGCCGUCGACGGCUAUCUCUUCCAACGAGAACAAGCCGGUCUCACAAAAGCCCUCGAGCUCGCACGCCCUCCGCUGUCCGCCCGCUACCCCUCCGCCGCCGCCCGGUCCACUCCGACCGCCAGCCUGCCCGGCGCUGCAGAGCACCCGCCGCCGCCGCCGCCGCCCGACUGCGUCGCCAUCUACGGCCUGUUCACGUCCUCCGUCGUCGCCCUCAUCACCCUCGAGCUCGUCAGAGAAUGCGCCGUGACCUCGCUCAACUGCCGCACCUUUGUCUCUCAGCCCCUCCAACACACUCGCGAGUUGGGGUCCAGUCGCAAGCCGCGCUGGCUGACAAGCCUCGACCUGCACUGGGCCAGCUCUGGUGCGCUGGUCGUGUCCACUCUGACCGAACGAACAACCGACCUCUGCUGCCUGGGCCAUGUCUCGUCGGGACGCAAACUCGACGCGCUGCUGGGCACCUGCGUCCGCGUCGCUCCCAAUGGCAUGCUCGCCAGGAUCAUGAGCUUCGACGACCCCCUCCAGCCCACCGCCGAGGACCCAGCACAGCGGCCCCGCCGGAAGAGGCAGAGACGCACCAACCUGGAGCAGAGUGUCGACAGGUGGAAAAAGACGGUCAAGCGGUGGCUGGCAUGGAAAGGCUACUCCCUGCCCGGCCUGGACAACAGCAGCGCUUGGGUCAGGCUACGUACCACGUUCAAUAGCCAACCAGCAGCCGCAAGCUCGCUCCUCCUGUGUUCGGAUCAAGACGUCUUGUGGCCAAUGGCGUUGUGUUACUACCAUGAACCGUCCAGUGAUGCGAUGCCCACAGCGGCCGCUGAUGGCCCUCCCACAGCCACAGACAGCGCUCUGCGCUGGUUCGAAACCGCCGACUCGCCAGGCUUCAGAGACCCAUACCAUGUCGCUCAGGACUGGUUCGCAGGCAAACCAGCACGGGACAAGGCUGCGGCACAGCGCAGAGCCAAGGCAGCCAAAGAAGACGCUCUCCACCGCAAGGACGGCGCUCUUCACCACAGGGACGGCGCUCUUCACCACAGGGACGGCGCUCUUCACCGCAGGGACGGCGCUCUUCACCACAGGGACGACGCUCUUCACCGCAAGGACGACGCUCUUCACCGCAGGGACGACGCUCUUCACCGCAAGGAAGAGAACCCCGGCCUCCACCCGUCGUCGCCACUAAACACCAGGAUAGGUGCAUACGGAGAGCUCCAGCCCGCCACCGGCGUCUACCCGACACCUCCAGACGGCGUCGCACCCGGUGCCUCCGUCUUUGCCGGCGACACCCCGAGCGUUGCCGGUGCCGCUUCAAACGUCAUCCUCGCUCCUGGCGGUAAGAAGAAUCCUGCCAUUGCCCUGUCCGCCCCACAGGACAAUGCCCAAGCAGAGACCCCGCAGCAGACUUUGACUUGGACCGCAUCUGCCACGGAUAGCCGUCACUGUACCGCCGCGGAUGGCCGUCACUGUACCGCCGCGGAUGGCCGUCACUGUACCGCCGCGGAUGGCCAUCACUGUACCGCCGCGGAUGGCCGUCACUGUACCGCCGCGGAUGGCCGUCACUGCACCGCCGCGGAUGGCCAUCACUGCACCGCCGCGGAUGACCAUCACUGUACCGCCGCGGAUGACCAUCACUUUACCGCCACGGAUAAUGACGAUCUGUUUGGCGACGACAUGGACGAAGACGCCUAUCAAGAGAACGACAUUGACGAGGACGAUUUCGACUUCUUCGACCCGCCAAACGACGGAGACGUGGACAUGGCCGACGCUCCAGCUACAUCAGACGCAAAAGCCGACGUGGUCCUGGCAGCCGAGAAGCACGACCCAAUCGCUGACGCCAAGGCAGGAGACAAGGACGAAGCAUUCGACGCCACGGCAGAAGACAAGGACGACGCAUUCGAUGACGCAUUCGUUGACAAGGACGACGCAUUCGUUGACAAGGACGACGCAUUCGUUGACAAGGACGACGCAUUCGUUGACAAGGACGACGCAUUCGAUGCCCUGGCCGCGCUCGAGAAGGCGCUUGCCACCGCCGCCACGGAUCAGCCGCCUGCAGAUUCAACACUGGUCAAGGAAGAGCAGAUGCUUCCUGCCGUUGUCGCCAUCGAGCAAGGCGCCCCCAACCCCGACAGCGACUCGAACGGAGAGACACACGCCGAGAAAGCACCUCUAAAAGCACCGACCCCUCCGCUGAGCCCAAACAAGAUCAGAGAUGCUCUCAAACCAUCGCCAAAGACAGCCCUGACCCUGCACAUACCACAGGCCCAAGCCCAAGACCGAGGAAGCGCCUUUGGCCCCUUGUCUUUCAGCCGCAAGAUGAGUGUCUCGGACGCAAAGUAUCAGGAUGGGCGGCGUUACGGCGCGCGUGCAGACAGUGAAGCAAAGGACAAGUCUCCGCCCGCAACUGAGCCGGUUCGGCCAAAGAGUCUGCGAGACGUUCCCCUGCUGACAAAGCUGCGAUGCGCCGUCGCGGUGGCAUCUGCAGGCAGCCUCUCCAAAAUCACACCCUCCAUCCAGGGUGUCAACGACGACUCCGUCUCAGAGUCGGAUUCCGACAGCAUGAGCUCCGACGUUUCAGACGAAGACGACGGAGAGCUACCGCCCGCACUGCCUACGUCUUUCACCGCUGGCUCCAUUGUCUCAGCCAAGAGGAAACUGCCCACGGACGGCAAUGCUACUCCACUGUCUGUGACCUCUUUUGCCGACUCGCUGGGCGGCGAUCUGCUUGAGCUUCAGAACUUGCAUCUAGAUGACAACUCACUUCUCACCUUUGAACCGAGCAGCUGGGAUUGGUCCCUGCUGAAGCUUCCUCCGCCUGUCGAGAAACCGUCGAUUGGUUCUCGCUACACCAUGCCACUGUUUCCGCACCCCAUAGGGCAGGUACCAGACACACCGACCUCUCCUUCUGAAAUGGGGUUUGACAUGGCAGAAGAGAAGCCCCCGAGCGGGUCGGACAGCAUCAACAUUGCACAGAUGGUCGCUGAGCAGAUCGUCUCGGCAACGCUCGACAUUCUCGGAGACGACUCGGCCAUACCGCCGCAGUACGCCAGUCGACCCUCGACGGAGCUGCGCUGGGCUGCCGUCAUCAAGGGCUUGUUUCCAAAGGCCGUAGACUGUACGCUGCCUGCGCUGGCUGCAGUCAACGAUGUCUUUCCCGACAUGUCGGCGCAUCCCAAAGGCCAACAGAGGGUUCCCGCACGCACACCAAACGACCCGGCGGCCACGCCCGGCAGUCAGAUCUAUCCGAUCAACCCACCCUUCAUCAGGGUGCGUCGAGCAGACACCCCUUGGGACUUGCUUCCGCCCGCCGUGGCCUUUUGGGAACCACUCGGGCUUGCGCCGGUUCACGGGCCGAAGAACGUCGCCGCCUUUUGCAUCUACCCGCACAGUGAUUCGCUGAGGCCCUGCUUGGAGAGCUUCCUCCUCCACAUGCAGCUCGCCUACGACAGCUGCAAGCUCGGCUCCCAUGCGCGAGUCGAGACGGUGAGCGAGUACGAGAGUGGCUUGGUGCCUUGCAGGCUUCCCACGCCUGCGGCCCCGCGUGCCGUAUACACGGCGCUACGAGAUACGUGCAUCCAUCUGGGAAAGACGCUUGCUGCAAGACAUGCUCACGUCCGCGAGACACUCGGAGAACGGCUGGAUGCCUUUAUCAUUUACAUGGUCGACCCCUUCGACAGCCCUUUGGCGCUUUGGGAGCUCUGUGCCUCGUUCUGGACGCUCUUCCAGACCUAUGGUCAGGGGUCAGCCCAUCCGAGUCUGCCGCAGAAGCCUGAUCUCGUCUUGCAAAUCAUACCCAUAAAGUACAUUGCCUCGUUUGAUCACCCAGUCAUCCUGUCAAGCACUACCUACAUCAACCUGGCACGCGAAGUGUACGGCCGCUGCCCACCAAGCACCGAACCCAACGACAAAACGCCGCUCCCCAUUGCCUCUGCUCCAGCCUUCCAGCUUGAAGAGCCAAUUCCCCGCAACGUACCGUUCAAGCUGCAGUCGGAUCCUCCCCAGGACCUCCUCAAGGAGAACUCGUAUAUGCAUCUGGCCUACGCCAUCAGCCUGGACGGUGCGUGGCUGACCGCUGCGUGGACCGACAGCUGCGGCAAGAGCCAGGCCACAAGCACCUACCACCUGGGCACGCGUCCCUUCAAGGAGCUCGCGCAGGAGGUCUGGGCCACCACCAUCUCCAUCCUGCAAGCCCGCAAAGUGCACUGGCGCGUCUGCAUCGCGCGCGCCGGCGUCAUGGACCGCGAGGAACUCGAGUCCUGGGUCUACCUGAUCUCGUGUCCGACUGUGCUGAACCUCUUCAUCACCCUGCUCACAGUCGACACGAAUCCAAACUACAAAUUCACUCCCCCGUCCGCUGCCGCCGGCAGCCAGAGCAUCCCCAACACGCCCGCUGCCACCCCCGGCGUCAGCCCGGAUGCCACCCUCGGCCUGACGCCCGCCGCCACGCCCUCAUCCGCAGAGCCGCCCGACCCAACCCAAGACCCGGACGCCCGGCUCGUCGACGUGACGGACGAGACGUGGGGCGUCAUCCUCGCGCACCGCCUGCACAACAGCAACUCCACCACGCACUUCAGCCCCGCCCUCAUCUCGGGCCUGCUCGUUAAGCGCGGCCCCAGCCCCGCCGCUGCCGGCGCCUCCGCGCCCGACUUCCCCCGCGAAUACGGCCCCGUCACCGUCGCGGUGAACAUCCUCUGGAUCGGCGCCGUGGGCAGCACACGCGCCGCAAGCCCAUUCCCGCCCACGCCCGGCGGCACCGAGUCCCCCGCCCCCUCGACCGUAGCGCCCGCCGCGCCGCAGACCCCCUCGCUCUCGCCGCCCCAGCACACGAGCAGCCUCAUGUGGACGCCCACCCCGCAGACGCGCGCGACGGCCGAGAACCUGCUCAAGGAGAUACUCGCGCAGUUUAGGGCCCUGGGCGUGCUGGCCCGGCUCAAGGGCGAGCGGGGCUCGCGGUGGGGCACUGUGCCGUGGCAUGUUGGUGCCGCGCGGAGGGGGGUGGAGGGCGUUAGUAGGGUUACUGGGGGGCGGUAGGAUUGAUACCUUGUGUUUUGGCUGUUGGGAUUGGAAAGUUGUGGGACGAUGGCGUUGCGGUCUUGUGUUUUAUCACGAUAUUAGCUUUUUUUUUAAUGUAGUUGUAAUACU